ACGAGAUCAGGAUGGGGGAGGUAUGCGGAAGAGGAGAACUAAGAGAUCGUUUACCAAUAAAAAGUCAAUGAGCCGUGUUCAGGAAUUCGUUUGACUGCUGUGUUUCAGAUGGUCAACGCCAGCCACACGAUGGAGAUAGCCGUGGCAGAGCAAGACCUGUCGAUGCUGGCGGAGUACAACCUGACCAUGGAUCAGCUGCUGACCUCUAGCGGUCUUUAUGCCGACAGCCGCUGGUUCGAACCCUCCACCGAGAUAUGCAUCGUCGUGGCCUUCUGCGCUGCCGUGGGCAUGGGGUUGCUGGGAAACGCCCUCGUGGGGCUGGUGCUCCUGCGCAAGGGCAACCUCCGCGCCGCGCAAUUGGUACGUGAUGAACCUGGUCCUGUCCGACCUGCUCAUCUGCGUGCUCUGCAUCCCUUUCACGCUGCUGCGCCUGACCAGGAAGAACUGGCCUCUAGGGGAGGUGCUGUGCCGCGUGGCCCCGACGCUGCAACUGACCCACGUCUUCGUCUCCAUCUGACCAUCCUCUGCAUCGCCGUCGACCGCUACUGCGCCAUCGUCUGCACUGCGCGAACCAGGCCCAGCCAGCAGGCUCAUGCACGGCUCGUCAUCCCGGCUGUCUGGCUCCUCUCCCUCGCGCUGUCUACCCCACUGGCUUUGACCCAUCGCUUGCAGCACGUGCGUAACCUGACCGGCGACGUGCUGCUGACAUUAUGCGUGGAGCAUUGGGAGUCGGAUGCCUUGCUGGGCGUCUACACCGUCUGCGUCCUUCUCUUCCAGUACGUCCUACCCGGCGCCACCGUCGCGGCCUUGCAUCUCCUCAUCUGCCGCUUCCUGCGCACUCACACGCACCUGCCGUGCGAGGCCAAAGGUCAGCCGCCGGAAGCUGCAUCGCCAUCGCAAAAACAUGGCGCUGUUGAGCGUCAUCUCUCCUCACCUUCUCCCUGGAGUGGCUGCCCAUCACCAUCGUCAAUAUCCUCGCCGACUUCGACUACUCCGUCUUCAGGUCUGCCGAGCAGUUUUGCCUCGUCUACGCCCUGUGCCUGCUGUUCGCGCUUAUCUCUGUCUUCGUCAACCCCGUCUUGUACGGUUUGUUCAACUCCAACUUCCGGCAAAGUCUGCGCAGCUGCUGCGGUCGUUGUACUACUGCUGCUGGUGGUGGUGGUAGUGGCAGGAGCAACACACGGCGCGGCAGCAGGGAGCAGACGGUACAGUCUGCCCCGACCAUCUCGGCUUUCCCACAGAAUAGGUGGGCAACGGCAACCGAGGACUGUUGUCGUGAAGAGGCAACUGGGGUUAAAUAACAAAUAAAAUUUGAGGUCUAGUGGGGUACAAGGUUUUUUCCUAAUGAAGGGUAAAGCUGAACACAAUAUAAUAUUUCUCCAAAUUUUGGUUAAUGUUCCUUUUUCGUUUUUUAAAUACUAAACUACAAACAUCUGCUCGAUUGUUUUCAAAUUCCUAGAUCCUUCUCUCCGUAUCGGGAAGCAGAGUCCACGUUUCAUAUCAGGUUCGGUACUACGACGGACUUACUGUAUUUCGCAGUGAAUCUCGUGUCAUGGCUGCGACAGAUUCUGUCUGUUGCCAGAGCCGCAGACUGAUGCGGAUAUCUGUCACCGUGGGGUUGCCAUCAUUGGAGAGAGUGGCCAACUAUGUACUUAAAAGCUGUUUACCGUUUGGAACCAUAUUCCGUUCAAGACAAUAACUUUGCUCUUGCCAGUGCUGAUCUCCAUUCCAUAUGUGUACGAACUGUCAGUCUCUUGGUAAGAUCUUGUAGUUCUCAUUCUGUGCCUCC